ACAGUCUGGCAACCCUGUGGGUCAAAACAAGAAAGAUAGCAGAAAUAGAAUAAAUUAAUUUACGUUUUAAAAGCUAAACAAUGGGCGUGUUGGACAAUGUUGCGAACUAUUUCACAGGGGAGACGUCCCGGAACAAGAACUCCUCCAUAAUAGCAGGCCUGCUGUUUUUCGCAGGAUGGUGGGUCCUAAUCGAUGCCAUGACCAUUGAUGGCAAUCACCAGAUCACCACUGGCCAUGUCUUCAUCGGCAUCUUUGGCACCAUCAGCUUCUGCAUGGUCAACGCUGUGAAGGGGGAGCACAUCUCGGAGGAGAACUCAUCGGAAUCGGGUGCCAGGAUAGCUAAGAUCUGGCUACUAGUGGGCUUCGUAAUGGGCUUUGCCUCCAUCAUUGCCGCCGUCUGGGUGAUGAUUGAUGACUUCAUCAACAACGAUAAGAAAGAUGGCUGGUUUGGAGUAGCCCUGCUCAUGCAGAAUGUCUUCAUCCUGUUCGCCAGUUUGAUCUACAAGUUCGGACGCAACGAGGAGGAGUGGAACGAGUAGAGGGCUUCCAUGCGAACAUUUUGCACACGGGAACGCUGCUUUUAGUAUCUAGACUCUCAUACGUACAUAUUCAGGAGUCCCAUUCAGGAGUUUAUGCCUCACCCCAUUUCAAAGCAUAACUUGUACAUCUCUGCUGCCCAUCGGACUCAAAGGGUUCGGAACUGGUGAAGCUGUAAGGGAUUUCAUCGCUUUCGAUUCCUGCCACUUUGAAUCGGAUGCAAGCGGAGAGUUGUAGGGCCUAUAAUCUCAUUUAUACUAAACAUAAUAAAACGACAAGUCACUUGCGUAA